UAGUAACGGGGAAGCGCCGCGCGAGCGGGGCCGGCUGAGGCGGUGGAAGGGGGGGGCGGCCGGCCGGGCUGGGCCCCCCCGCGGCCGUUUAACGGCCACUAACGGCACUAACGGCCCCCGCGCGUGCCGGGAGCUCCGUGAGAGCCGCCUGAGGCCAUGCCAGGCGCCGCGGCGCGGGACGCGGAGCAGAGCGGCUCGUCCGCCGCCGAGGAGGAGGAGGAGGAGGAGGAGGGCGAGGAGGGGGUCGCGGACGGGCUGAGGGAUCACCCAUGCAUCAGGUGGACUGGUGGCGGCUGCAGGCGGAUCCCUAUCUUCGUCUUUCAUGCUGAUGCCAUUCUGACCAACGACAGCUAUCUCCGCCUAAUUGGAGAGCACUACCACUUGUCCUAUAAGAUUGUACGGACGGACAGCCGCCUGGUCCGAAGCAUACUGACUGCCCAUGGAUUCCACGAGGUGCACCCUAGUAGCAGUGAUUAUAAUCUCAUGUGGACGGGAUCACACUUGAAGCCCUACUUGCUGCGUUCCCUUACAGAUAUUCAGAAAGUCAAUCAUUUCCCUAGGUCGUAUGAACUGACACGGAAGGACAGGCUGUACAAGAACGUCAGUCGUAUGCAGCUGGCCCAUGGAUUCAAGGCAUUCCAUAUCUUACCUCAGACCUUCAUCCUCCCAGCAGAGUACCAGGACUUCUGCAAUACCUAUUCUAAGGACAGGGGCCCAUGGAUAGUGAAGCCCGUGGCCUCUUCCAGGGGUCGAGGUGUCUACCUGAUAAAUAAUCCAAACCAGAUUGUGCUAGAAGACAACAUCCUGGUCUCUCGUUACAUCAGCAACCCCCUGCUAAUAGAUGAUUUCAAAUUUGAUGUGCGCCUGUAUGUUCUGGUUACAUCCUAUGAUCCGCUUGUCAUCUAUCUCUACGAGGAAGGGCUGGCCAGGUUUGCAACUGUGAGGUAUGACCAGGCAUCCAAGAACAUUAAAAACCAGUUUAUGCAUCUGACCAACUACAGUGUCAACAAGAAGAGUGGAGAUUAUGUCAGCUGUGAUGAUCCUGAAGUAGAGGAUUAUGGAAACAAGUGGAGCAUGAGUGCAAUGCUGAGGUACUUAAAACAGGAGGGGAGAGACACUGCAGCACUGAUGGCCAAUGUGGAAGACCUGAUUAUCAAGACUGUAGUUUCUGCUGAACUGGCCAUUGCUACAGCUUGUAAGACUUUUCUUUCGCAUCGUGGCAGCUGCUUUGAGCUGUAUGGUUUUGAUGUCCUUAUUGAUGAUACUCUCAAGCCCUGGCUGCUGGAAGUGAACCUAUCCCCAUCAUUGGCCUGUGAUGCUCCUUUGGACCUGAAGAUCAAAGCUAGCAUGCUCUCAGAUAUGUUCACCCUUGUAGGCUUUGUAUGCCAGGAUCCAGGCCAGCGGUCAGGCCGGGCCAUUAAUCAUUCAUCUGAAUCUGGCAGGAGAAAUCCGUACCAGAAGCUGCAGCGUCCUGUGUCUGCACAGUCCCAACCUGCAAGCACCAGACUGCGUACCCGUCCUCUGUCUGCCAGUGAUGCCGAAAUGAAAAGCUUGAUGUCCUCAGGCAGGGAAAAAGCAACAGGAAGGCAAGGCAGCUCUGUGCUGGGUCUCUCCAUGGAGGAGAUAAGAGUUCUUCGUCGAGUGAGAGAGGAGAAUGAACGGAGAGGAGGUUUCAUCCGGAUAUUCCCAACCCCAGUAACAUGGGACCUUUAUGGAUCGUUUUUAGAGUACAAGACAUCAAUGAACUACAUGCUGGCCACGCGUCUGUUUCAGGACAGGGACAAGAUGAAAGGAGACUUCGUCACUGGGAGAUCCCGAGAUGGUCUUAAUGGGAGGCUGGAUAUGAGGCUGGAAGCUGUAGACUCUCAUGCUCUGUUUUAUGAGAGAAAGCUGGUCUCACUGGAGUUACGGAAGCGCCGGCGAUGUCAUGGCAGGGCUAGAGCAGCACGGACAAGAUCAUCAGGGAUGUCAGAACCGACAAAGCUGUCCCUCAGAUCAGACACAGAAGGUGAGGAAGAAGAGGAUGCAGAUGCAGAUGAAGAGCUAGAUGGAGCUAUUGGCUCUCUUUCGGACACCCAGGUGAAAAGCAAGCCAAAGCUCUCUGACUUGGUGAAAACAACUUGCAAGGAGCGGUUGACAAAAAAACUUCAUAAGAAAACUGGAGAUGGAGGAGAGCCACUUCCUGAAAAAACAGAUUCAAAAUCUCAGUUUAACUUGCUGCAGAUUCUUCAAAAGAAUGGAAAUUUAAGCAAAGUGCAGGCUCGCAGGGCUUUCUCUGCCUAUCUACAGCAUGUUCAGUUGCGACUGAUGAAGGAGGCUGGUGACCAGUUCCAGAAUGCUGCCUGGGUUGCCAAAGAAGAUGAGCAGAUGGAGCUUGUGGUACGCUUUCUGAAGCGAGCUGCCAGCAAUCUUCAGCAGUCCUUGAGAGUGUUGCUCCCCAGCCGGCAUUUGGGACUAAAUGAUCGUCGUCGUAUCCUGGCUCACCAGCUGGGCAAGUUCAUAAUCUAUUAUAACAAGGAAACAGAGCAGAUGGUUCAGAAGCAGUCAAAAAAGAAACAGGAAGAGGAGGAGGAGGGAGUGAAUCCUGAAGGUUUUCAGAACUUUAUUACCAGAGCAAGUGAGAGUGAGCUGGAGGAAGUGCUGACAUUUUACACCCAGAAAAAUAAGUCAGCAAGCGUCUUCCUAGGAACAAACUCCAGAACUACAAAACCCAGGAACACCAGUAACCAGUCAGAGAAUCAGCCUCAAGCCGAGCAUCCUGAAGUGAUGAAAAAAAUAAAAGGUGAUCAACCCAAAAGUUCAGUUGCAGAUUUGCCUGCAGAAGGACGAGCAAGAGGCUAUAAACCCAAAGAAGUUAAAUCAACCUUUCCAGAAGGACCCACCUUCUCCUUAAAUGCUGAACUGAAAUUGCCUCGGUGCAGCCCUUCUAGUGCUUCUUCGUCUGUUUCUGGUACCAUGUUCCAGAGAAGUACCAGUUCCCAGUUACCAUCUCAACCUGCAGCAUCUGGAAAUCCACAGGUGCCUGAUUACCAUUCAUUGCCAGUUCCCCCAGUUGGUCCCAAGCUGAUUCAGUCUUCAUCUUCCCUACCUUCCUCCCAGAGCCAGAGCACAGCACCUGACAGCUCUUCUGUCUUCACAAAUCCAGUGUCCAGUGAGGCCUCUAGCCUCGCAGGGUUACAUCGUUGUCGUUCUGGUAGCUACACCAUUGGCCCAUUCUCGUCUUUGCAGAGAGCCGCUCAGAUCUACAGCCAAAGAUUGUCCCGCCCAUCAUCUGCAAAAGCAGGUUUGUGCCAUCGCAGUCCAGGUGGACAGCAUGUGGGCCCAGCCGGGAUACACAAAGAUACAGAAGAUGCUACUUCUCAGGGCAAACGUUACAGCCCCAGUAUGGUAGCAGCAGAACUGCAACAGCUGGCAGAAAAGCAAGCAGCUUGUCAGUAUUCCCCACCAAGCCACAUCAGUCUCCUUACACAGCAGUUAACAAGCUUGAACUUGGCAAGUGGAGCUGUAAGCAAGGGGAAUGCAGCUGGGCCCCAGAGCUACCGGUCAACGCUCAACAGAAAAGGGUCACUGUGGGCUGUUCAGUCAGACACUCAUGCAGCUGACAGAAGAUGCAUCUCUUCAGCAGUCAGGGCUUCAGAGAGUGAUCGUUUUGCCUGGGAAGGAGAGAUGGAGAACAGUGGCUGCACCCCAGUGACACGGAGUCCACUGGCACACCCCAACUAUCAGCUGCAUUUUGCUGUGCAGCAACUUCAGCAGCAGAAACUUCAGCCACGACAGCUGUUGGAGCAAAGCCAAGCCCGGCACCAGGCUCUCUUUGCCAACUACUCACAAUCCAGCACCAGCCAUAUAUCUAUGCCAGCUGGCUCUGGUGCCUGCAAGACAUCAAGUGCCACUUCUAGUAUCCAGAAGGCAGCCAGUUUGCACAAAGUGAUGCCAUCCCGGAGUACGCCUUCUCAGCUGGUUCCAAAGCCUCCAGCAAACCACAGACAGACAGUAGCCAGAAAGGCUGCAGCCCAGAGGAUUUCCAAGGUAACCUCCACUGAAAGGCAACUGAACGGAUUCCAGAACAGCCUUCACAGUGCUGCAUCCUGUGAGCCAGGGUCAAAUUCCACAGCCUCUGCUUGCAGAGAAGGACUAACACUGAACAUCAGGUGAGGAAUCCAGGGUGUUGCUUCGAGUAUGGGGCAAAG